AUGUUGGAAGCGAAUCCCGAAAUCCCUAAUCUCAAGUUUAUUUCAGUCUCGUCAUCGAGGUCGUCAUCAACAACAUGCAACUCUUUAUCAUCGGAGCUCGUAUCAGUGUGGUCAACAACGUCAUUAGGUUUAGUCGUCAUCGAGGUCGUCUUCAACAACAUGCAACUCUUUAUCAUCGGACCUCGUACCAGUGUGGUCAACAACGUCAUUAGGUUUAGAAAAGAAACACUACCAGUGCCACUGGAACGCAAACCUUUGGUUAUAUCAAAAGACGAGGACGACGAUGAAAGCUACAACAGCGACGAAAACAAUGACCAUGCCAAUAAUAAUGUGGCUGCUUUUGAUGCCCCUUCGACUUCAGCACCUUGCUCUUAUGGUGCAGUAUUCGAAGCUGUGGAAGCCAAGAUUGGACUAGAGAAACCAAAACCUGCUGAGGAUGUUGACCAACCUGAACCUGCUGACGUUGCUGACCAACCUAAACCUAAUGACGUUGUUGACCACACUGAUACGAGCUCCGAUGAUAAAGAGUUGCAUGUUGUUGAAGACGACCUCGAUGACGAGACUGAAUCAACUUGA